UUUGUCCCUGACCGUGCGCCGUCCAAGGGUCCAUUGGUUGCCAUAGAGACCGGCGAGCGCUGUUCCUGUGAGCGCUGAGGUGCGAGCAGCUGCGACCCUGGGCUCCUGGGGACCUGAGCGUCAUGUCUUUCCGCGACCUCCGCAAUUUCACAGAGAUGAUGAGAGCCCUGGGAUACCCUCGACAUAUUUCUAUGGAAAAUUUCUGUACACCCAAUUUUGGACUUGUAUCUGAAGUACUUCUCUGGCUUGUGAAAAGGUAUGAGCCCCAGACUGACAUCCCGCCUGACGUGGACACUGAACAGGACCGAGUUUUCUUCAUUAAGGCAGUUGCCCAGUUCAUGGCCACCAAGGCACAUAUAAAACUCAACACUAAGAAGCUUUAUCAAGCAGAUGGGUAUGCAGUAAAAGAACUGUUGAAGAUCACAUCUGUCCUUUAUAAUGCUAUGAAGACCAAGGGGAUGGAGGGCUCUGAAAUAGUAGAGGAAGAUGUCAACAAAUUCAAGUUUGAUCUUGGCUCAAAGAUUGCAGAUUUGAAGGCAGCCAGGCAGCUUGCGUCUGAAAUCACCUCCAAAGGAGCAUCUCUGUAUGACUUGCUCGGCAUGGAAGUAGAAUUGAGGGAAAUGAGAACAGAAGCCAUUGCCAGACCUCUGGAAAUAAAUGAGACUGAAAAAGUGAUGAGAAUUGCAAUAAAAGAGAUUUUGACACAGGUGCAGAAGACUAAAGACCUGCUCAAUAAUGUGGCCUCUGAUGAAGCUAAUUUAGAAGCCAAAAUUGAAAAAAGAAAAUUAGAACUGGAAAGAAAUCAGAAGCGACUAGAGACUCUGCAGAGUGUCAGGCCAUGUUUUAUGGAUGAGUAUGAGAAGACUGAGGAAGAAUUACAAAAGCAGUAUGACAUUUAUCUGGAGAAAUUUCAAAAUCUGACUUACCUGGAGCAGCAGCUUGAAGAGUAUCAUAGGAUGGAGCAAGAAAGGUUUGAGGAAGCUAAAAACACUCUCUGCCUGAUACAGAACAAGCUCAAGGAGGAAGAGAAGCGCCUGCUCAAGAGUGGAAGUAAUGAUGACUCGGACGUAGACAUCCAGGAGGAUGACGAAUCCGACAGUGAGUUGGAAGAAAGGCGGCUGCCCAAGCCACGGACAGCCAUGGAGGUGCUCAUGCAAGGAAGACCUGGCAAACGCAUUGUGGGCAUGAUGCAAGGUGGAGACUCCGAUGACAAUGAGGACUCGGAGGAGAGUGAAAUUGACAUGGAAGAUGGUGAUGAGGAGGAGGAGGAUGAUUUGGAAGAUGAGAGCAUUUCUCUCUCACCAUCCAAGCCCAAUCGAAGGGUCCGGAAACCUGAACCCCUGGAUGAGAGUGACAAUGACUUCUGACCCUCUUGCCAAGGGACCCUGGCAGAUUAAAACCCUCAGACUUGUAGGGAAGCCAGCAUGUUGGAGCCAUGCCAGCCACCUCAGACGCCGUGGUUCCAAGACGCGGAAGAGUCACUGCACCUUUUGGAUGUUAUGGAUUUGGUUUGCCUGAAUGUGACUUGACUUCUGUUUUGAAACAAUAAUACAAAUAGAGUUCUAUUUUCCUUAUGUGAUGCUUUCUUCUAACGCACUUUAACACAGAAGCCUACCCUAGCUACAAAGAGCCCAUCCACAGACAUAGGCAACAGCUCCAAAGGGUAUUUCAUUGUGUCACCUGCUUCUAGAUCAUGUUAGUUAACUGACUUUGUGCAAAGUCUCGCCAUGUAUAGCACUGCCUUGCUUGAGCAAGGACGUUUCUAUCAGCAACAAGCUGUGUGUACUCUAUCCUUUUUACUAAAGUAUGACCCAUUGUAGAAUGGAUCCAGGAGUCACAUGUGCAAGUGCUUUAUGACCUGGCACCAUUUGGUUUUGGCCAAGCAGUAGAGCAGACCUCAGGACCUAAGGAGGAUGGUUGUGAUUAGGUCAAUAAAAAACUAGCAGGCCAUUGCUGAUAAUUUUUUACUAUAUAAUUAGAGGACUUCCUCAAAUGCUUUAAAAAAUGUGUAUUGAUGAAAAAUACAAAGGAAUUUUUCAAAUA